AUGUUUUCCGCCUUCGGCGGCGGUGCCGAGCGGCGUUUCGGUUUUUUCGGCGGUGGUGCGGCGCACAGUACGACGCCGACAUCUACCGCUGUCCAUAAGUUUUUAAUGUCAAUUACAGAACAAAUCGCAAAAGUAUAUAACCUUCCAUAUAAUUAUUAUCAGUCAAAAAUUCAGCUAUAUGAACAACUGAAUGAGCUGCUUCAUAAAAUACCGAAGGACGAAAUUUUGAUUUUUCUAUUUGAUGCUAUCAAUCAACUAGAUAAAGACGGACAUGAUUGUGAAUGGUUACCCUUCGGCUUUCGAGGUCAUGCGUUUAGAUCAAUCCCGUUUAAAAACGUUAAAUGUAUUGUGUCAGUUAUUAAACGGGGAGAAAACAAAAUUUUAGAAACUUUUACAAAAUUGAUCGGUUAUGCUGGUAAAAAUGAUGAAAAUCUUAUAGAAGUCUCAUCAAUGAAUUCUGUAGAAGUAGCAAUCAUUUAUGAAAAUUGGUUUAAAAUGAAAAAACGUUGUCUCAGUGACGAACAAGCAACAUACAUUCGUUUAUUUAUGGAACAACAAAAUACAAUUCUACCAUUAUACAUGAAAUUGAUAUUUGAUAUAAUCAUACAAUGGCAUUCGUAUGAUGAUCCUUGCUUACCAGUUGAAUUAAAAGGUGUGGAUGCAUGUAUAUUGUACAUCUUUAAACAAUUAGAGCGUCGAUACAAUCCAGUACUAGUGUCACAUAGUUUAUGUUAUUUAACAAUGACUCAUAAUGGUAUUAGUGGAAAUGAACUCGAAGAUCUAUUGAGUCUUGAUAAUAGUGUUCUUGGGAGUGUUUUUGAGUUUUUCUUACCACCGACUGGGCGCAUUCCUGGCACGCUUUGGACGAGAAUAAGAAAUGAGUUGGAUGAAUAUCUUACCGAAACAGAGAUCGAUGAUACACCACUAUCAUAUUGGUAG